UUAGUGUAAUGUAAUUUUAAAUGCAAAAUUAGAAAUAACCAGAAACGUAGAUUACACCUUAAAACUUAGUGUACCAAAUUAAACACUAGCAAUAAACAUAACUGUAACCUGUACUUUGAAAAUCACUGUAAGGUUAAUUGCUGGCCGCUGUUAUGUACCAUAAACCACCCAAAGAGUAGCCGUAACAGCGUGUACCUGCGACACCGGUACUUUUGUUUCUUAAACCGUCACUUUGUUACUUGUUUGAUACAAGUAACAACGAGUGAAAAUUGGAGGAAUUCUGUGCCAUUGAAAUUAGUUCCAAUUAAGCAUUGGGAUAAAUUUCAAGUUGAAGCUCUGUCAAAGAGGCGCCCAACUGCCAUAUCCUUAAAUGCUCCGAGAGGCUGGCAAAGAGCUGCUGUCCAGGGUCCUGUUGCACAGUCUGGUAGCUGUGCAGAGAAGGCCCUUUGCUAUGUGCCUGACCCUUUAGUUUCUGGCCAGAGGGGGAGAUUCAGAAAGGACCUGCAGGGGGCUAUGUAAGCAGCAGCACCACCACCACCACCCAAAACGCAAGGGAGGAGAUGGGACAGAACUACAGCCUGGUCGAUGGAUGCAGGAAGACAGAUCCGGCAACUGCACGAACCGGCGUUCCUGGGUGAGCUGACAUCGUUACAAGACCCCUACGACCAAGCAACGAUUGCCAAGGAGGACGUGAAAGAAGAGGAGCCCGAGCCCUUUCAGAAGAUCCGUCCAAAAACAGGCAACUAUACCUGUGAAUUCUGUGGCAAGCAGUACAAGUACUCCACGCCAUCCCAGGAACACGUGGCCCUUUACGCACCAAUCCACCCCUACGACCAAGCAACGAUUGCCAAGGAGGAGGUGAAAGAAGAGGAGCCCGAGCCCUUUCAGAAGAUCGGUCCAAAAACAGGCAACUAUACCUGUGAAUUCUGUGGCAAGCAGUACAAGUACUCCACGCCAUCCCAGGAACACGUGGCCCUUUACGCACCAAUCCACCCCUACGACCAAGCAACGAUUGCCAAGGAGGAGGUGAAAGAAGAGGAGCCCCACUUAAGUCAUUAACUAGCUUUCAGCGUUUCAGAGCUGAGGUUUCAGGCCCAAGCCAGGGAUGGAGCGUUUCUGGCAAAGGCAGGAAGCUCUCACUAGUCCAAGAGAAAGAGCACAUUCUUUGCCCGUGCGGGACCCCGACUCCAUUCCUCUGGGCACGGCUGGUGACACGUCGGAAAAUCUUCCUCGGAUGUAUCUUUCACCGGGGUUUGUUUAAGGAGCACCGAUAGCAACCGCUAGGUUUUCCAAGGCGUAGCAGGCAGAAUAACUCCCAGGAUGCCCGAAAGCCGCUCGGUAUCAGGUCUGCUCGUCGGUCCAUCUGUCCCACGACUAUCGGCACGGACCGGCUGC